GUAGGUAGGUAGGUAGGUAGGUAGGUAGGUAGGCAGGCAGGCAAGCAGGUCAUUGCAUGGGCGAAGGAUCACCCCGGGUCCAUCCAUGUCUGACAGGCAAAUUCAUGCAUGUGUCCCGACUGAGAAACCCGUGACAUAUGGGAAACUGCACCCAAGACGACAAAAAAGGGGGGAAAAACAAGUGUGCAUCUGCCUCGAUCGAUGCACUAUACAUAAACUCCUCUCGCCACAAGGCCCACACACAUGCACACCCCUCCCUGUCUGUCGCAUGAUCUCCUGUCAGCGAAACGCCUAUCUAAGGAAUCAGACCACCUUCAGACAUACAAAAUCCUCUCACGACGCACAGCUGCCUGAGGCUGUCAUGCACGCACACACCUGACUCCCAAACAACAACAACACCAUGCAGUCUUUUCGUGUUCAUUCAGGCGCGAUCUUUCUUGACGCGAGGCCCUGUCCAGAGGACCACCCAGGGCAGCGCCACCAAUGUCCACACCAUUGUCAUGGCGAAACGCGCAAAAUCAUGGUCGUCCACCUCGACACUCGCCAGCCGUAUGAGCAGAUCCGACACACUCAAACUGCACACGCGCGCGCGGAGAGAGAAACAGAGGCAUACAACAUCCUUUGUUAUGCAGCCAGGGCAGUUCCGUGGGAAACGAUCUGCUCACUCACUCAUUGAUGUCAAUGGCUCGCGAGUACUGUGCCAGCACAGGCACGACGUUGUCCAGAAACUUGGCCUGCAUCAUGCCAAUGGUCCACCCGAGCGCCCACGCAACGCCCUGCUUGUUGGCAUUGACAUAGCCAUUGAUCAUGAGGGCAAACGUCCCGCCCAAGCACGCCGCAACGGCAUCCCGCGAUGUCAGGCCGAUGGUAGUCAUUCCGACGGCAGUCAGUGGCCGCAUUCUCUGUCGGUCCAGUGCAUGUGAAGAUGCGUGGGGUACGCAGGUCACUGCGUGUGUCAGAGGUGCGUGGGCGGGCCGGAUGAAGGCGCCACACGUGACCAGGGGCGACAGGACGAGAGAUCCAAGCAGAAGGCGGAAGCUGCAAACACCAGGACGCGAGAACUUGCGAGUAGGCAUUGAGUGUAUGGUUUCUCACCUCAACGCCACCAUACUGUCUGAGCCUCGGGAACACAGUGUGGCACGCGCGCACUCGUAACUUCACCCUGCGCUGUUGGUC